CCCUCUCAGUCAUCCGCCUCCCUUCCCCAUCCCCAGCUCCCGCGUACCUCCUCGUCUCCUCGAGUUGCCUCCCUCCCCUGCUCUGCUCGUCCAAUCCAAGAACCAACGCAAGAAGCAGGCGGGCCACCGGUCGGGCACGCGCCGCCUCAGCCAUGGGGCCGUCAUGGUGUCGGAGUCUUCGUCUCCUCUUCUUCGCGUCCCUGCUCAUCUUCUCAGCCGCCGCCCUGCAGUCCUCGCCGCGCACUGGGAGCCGGCCGCCGACGCAGCAGGAGCUUCCCGCCGCCGACGCGCUCAUCGCCCGCAUGUGCGACCCCCGCAGCACGCACCCGGCGUCGGGCGUCCCUCCACUCUCCUGGUGCCACGGCCUGCACCUCAGGCGCCGCGGCGGGGCUGGGCGCCACCAUCACGGCCACCGGCCCGUGGUGCCGCUGCCGCCGACGGGCCGGGACAGCGGGGAGGAGAUCGAUGUGCGCUACGGCGUCGCCAAGAGGCUCGUGCCGACGGGGCCGAACCCGCUGCACAACUGAGACCCGCGCCGCGCGCGCGCGCCAACGACGAUCCGGCGCGGCGCGGUCAGUUCUUACUUUCUUGGACUCCGAGUUCUUGCAAGAUCGAGCAGCGCAUGCGAGCACCGCUCGUCGUCCUCUCUUGUUCCUGCUUUCCGGCCGGUACGCGCCUUGAUGCCCUGCCCUGGAAAGGACUUACAAUGGAGGAUCGAUCGAUGCCUACGUCUGCAUGACAAUAACAGAGAUAGAUGUGUAUGUAAGAGUAUAGGCUAGUUCUUCUUCAUCUUCCUUCCGAUUCUUGGCUUCUUGGCUUGCUGUUGCUCUGUUUCUUGGGUCCUUGUAGUUGUAGCCUUCUUGGCUUCCAUCGUUCAACUCAAAACUGGAAGUUUUUCGCGGCGGCGGUCCGCAGAA